UAUGGUUGAGUCAGGGAACGACUUCGUGAUGGCAUUGGUGGUAACACCCAGCACGCCUGCUUGCUGCACUCGUCAUUCAACAUCGUUUCGAUCUUUCGAUGUCUAAUUAGAUCCUUGGCGACGGAUACAUGAUGGGUUCGAUUGGCCAGAUUAAAUUCGAUGUUGUACGCAGGGCAUUACUGCGAUCUCUGAUGCGUUUCAUUCGAUCGUACCGUUCGGCAUUGGGUGCGGGAGUCUAUGUGUGUUUAUACCAAUGCGAUAUGAGUAUUGCGUCAGUUGCCUCGCUGUGAGAUGAUGCUCCAAGCCGCUCUGUAAUUGUAAACAGUUGAACAGUUGAACAUCCAAUGAAGAUUCUUGACAGAGUGCUGAUAAGGACGUUGAUUCUUCGGAGGGUUGCUAACAAACGUCUUUUGCUCUCCAGUCGGUUGGUUGAUAGAUGACACACUCGAACAAGUUGGGAAGCAAGGCUAUGAUAUAGUUGACGUAUAAAGAAUGGGUGCCUUUUGACGUUGAACAUACAGGGCCGGCUCCUCACUGUUCACUACACUCGACACGACGCGGUUUCCAGCUUCCGUCAUUUCCAUUACGAGUCGAUAUGUACUUUUCUUGCAUUGUGUUAAUUUCGACCUUGUUGUGCUUCUGUCUAUCUCCUGGUAGCAUUGCGCUACCCCUUGGCGUGAACCCUGCCGUCGCCCAAGUUGGUACAAAUGGGAAGCCACUGUGCUUAUCACCGCAGAAGUGUCAUCUACCAAUCGCUUUUUUAGGGCGUGAGGAGAACCUGACCAUGAGUGCAUUAUUGAGGGCGAAUUCUAAGCUUCCAUUGCCGUAUAAUCGCAGAAGGCUCUCGCCCCUCUCAAGUGGUCUGAUGAGGAUUCUUGGAUUUGGCAACACAGCCUUCUCUGCUGGUGUCGAGAUUCCAGACCUUGGCACCAAUGCCCAGAAAAUAUCCGGACCUGCACAGAAGGAUGGCAACCAGGUCGACAGCCAAAGCGACAACUCGAGUCAGAAACCUGCUAGUCAGGCGAAGAGUCAGGAUAACGGUUUGAAGAAGCCGGUCGCCAAUUCGCAGAAGCAAAGUGGAAAAGAUGAUACCUAGAAUCCAAGUACGGGAGAUACAGGUGGAAAACCUAGUCCAAAGGCUCAGACGAAUAAAGGCGCCGGCAAAGU